AUGGAUAAUGACAGAAGUUUUUACCUCACACUUGUUAGUAACAAAAGUACUGAAUUUUAUCCUAAUAAUAAUGCAUCAGAAUUUAGUAUACAACUACCACGUGCAAUCAAUUUGGAAGGCGAGUGGGUUAUUGGCCUCUGUGAUAGAAAUAUAGCUGUCGGUUUUUUACAUAUCUAUCCUCAAGAAUGUUGUAUAGGUGUUGAUGUAACACAGUCUGGGGUAUCAGCUUCGAAUAGUACAUAUCCCUACAGAGCAUACAUUGAAACAACACUUAUUUAUGGAUUUGAUGCAACAAAUAGUCAUCUCCAACUAGCAUUAUGGUAUCCUGACACACCUGGGCGUAUGAAUGUCAAUAGUGUUGCUGCCGCAGAUGCAAAAAAUGAAGGCUUAGUUGCCCGAUGUGUUCAUACGAAUGUAGGCCAACAAUUUGAGAUGAUUGGUCAUCUACACGUUGAUGUAUUCAACCAGGAAAAAUUUUUAUUGAAUGGGAUUGAAAUGAAAAUUAAUCUCACACGGUCAAAACAAGAAUUUUGUUUAAUGGAUGCCUCAAACGACAAGGAUUAUAAAAUACAAAUAUUAGAAGCGUCAUUGGCUGUACGCCGAGUCAAGCUAAAUCCUCAUAUUAUGAUUGCUCAUGCAAAAGCCUUAGCGAAAACGACAGCUAAAUAUCCCCUUACUAGAGUGGGGGUCAAGAGUUUUUUACUCACCGCGGGAAUCCUCGGAAAUUGUCUCUACAAUAUUAUUAUUGGUACUUUGCCUAAGCGAGUUGUUAUUGGAUUCGAUGAUAACCGUGGCUUCAAUGAUAAUAGGGGCCAUUAUCCAUUCUACUUUCAACAUUUCAAUAUAAAUUUUCUAUGUCUUUACGUUGAUGGUAAACAAAUACCCGUAAAACCGUUGCAGCCUACAUUUUCCGAUCAUAUAUUUGAUGCUGAGGCAUAUCCUACACUUUUUUCUGGUACUGGCAUCUAUUUUGGGGACCAUGGCAUGCAAAUAGAUAGAAAUGAAAGCUAUAGAAAAGGUUAUACGUUAUUUGCUUUUGACUUAACACCAGAUCUUUCCGCACAUAGUGCUGGUCAUUGGAACUUAAUUAAGAGUGGUAGCCUAUGUAUUGAAGUACGCUUCAGUGAAGCUUUGGCGCAAGUCGUUAAUUAUCUUGUUUAUGCCGAAUAUGAUAAUAUUAUUGAAAUAGACUCCAGCCGUCAAGUUAUAAUGGAUUAUAGUAAUUAA